GCAGUAUUCCAGGAUGGAUGGCUGUGGUGGAGAAUGGCUCAGCACACCUGUAGCCUCGUCUUGCCUGGAAAACGUCACCGUAGAGAAUUCCAGUGUUGGGCGAAUCUAUGAAGUCAUGCUGCAGUCAACCAACACAACUAAACGCAAUCCGCAGUUUGUUGGCGUGGAGCUCCUUCAGUCUUUUAAACCUCUCAUCAUCCCCUGCUAUGCCCUUGUGGUCCUGGUGGGAGUUUUUGGGAACUACCUGCUACUUUAUGUCAUCUGCCAAACCAAAAAAAUGCACAACGUGACCAACUUCUUUAUCGGUAACCUGGCGUUUUCUGAUAUGCUGAUGUGUGCCACCUGUGUGCCCUUUACACUGGCGUAUGCAUUUAACCCUCGUGGCUGGGUUUUUGGAAGAUUCAUGUGCUACUUGGUGUUCCUCAUUCAGCCUGUGACUGUGUAUGUGUCAGUAUUUACACUCACAGCCAUCGGCGUGGACCGGUACUAUGCCACAGUUCAUCCUCUGAAGAAGCGAAUUUCAGUUCUGGCCUGCACAUACCUUCUCUCAGGGAUCUGGAUUUUGUCCUGUGGUCUGGUAGCUCCUGCUGUGGCUCACACAUACCACGUGGAGUUCAAGGACGAAGGUUUCACCAUCUGCGAGGAGUUCUGGAUGGGCCAGGAGAAAGAGCGGCUGGCCUACGCUUACAGCACGCUCUUCAUCACAUAUGUCCUUCCACUGUCCGCUCUCUGCAUCUCUUAUUUGUGCAUUUCGGUGAAGCUUCGUAAUUGCGUGGUACCAGGCCAUCGGACCCAAAGCCAAGCGGAGGCCCAGCGAGCUCGCAAACGCAAGACAUUUCGCUUGGUGUCUCUGGUUGUUGCUGCCUUUGGGAUCUGCUGGCUGCCAAUAAGCGUAUUUAAUGUUCUUCGGGAUAUUGAUAUAGAUCUGAUUGACAAGCGCUACUUCCUGUUGAUACAGCUGUUGUGUCACUUGUGUGGAAUGAGUUCAUCUUGUUGUAAUCCAUUUUUAUAUGCAUGGCUGCAUGAUCGUUUCAGGGCAGAAUUGCGGAAGAUGUUCACCUGUCAUCGGCGGAUUGGCAUUGGGAUACCAGCCAACAACUGUGCCACCGCUAGCGUGGUUCUUUGACAGAAAAAGAAUGGGCUUAGUUAGUUCAAAGACCACUAAGGCUUGAAGAGAAACAGUACACAUUUGUCUUGGCUUGAUCUAUACCAUCUGUAAGGUUCCUCCACAUGCAUCUUGUUCUUGAAGGACACAGAUGGUCAUUCUUGGAUGUACAAGCCAUGCCUGGUGGUGAGAAAGUGGUUAGACAGAGCCACAAUAUUUCAACAUUCUGUCUAUGAUUUGGAUAUCAAGAAAUCUGACUUUGGAUGUCGAUCCCAUCACGAAGAAAACAGUAACAGAAACACUGAAC